AUUUGACCCACAUCGGACAUUAGCCGCCUGUCCUGAUUAGUAAGCACGAUGCGGUGGAUGGCCUGCCAGUGCAGCCUCCGGUCCUGGCCACGCUCGAUCGUUGAACUGUUCCACAUCGGCACUAGAGUGACUGCCUCCAACUCGAAGCUGACGUUUGCGGACGGGUCACAGGACUUGCAGGAUCAUCAGAACUGUCGCGAUCGUUCGGUUGGAUCUGCAGUAGGCCGUGCUACGAACCGCCUCUGAAGGCUAAACCCUAUCGCCCCAGUCAUGUCGCGGAGUACUCAGGUCCAGAACAACACUGCAAUCAUCGAACGCCAACUCGAUUCUAUUGGUGUCGACGAGCAAAAAACAACCGAGGCUCUGGACGUCCUCCAUACCAGGAGGAGCUCAUUACUAUCAGAGGCUCGUCGCACUGCAGUAGACGCGCAGUCCAAGCCCAUCCACUGGCUUCCUCCGGAACUCCUUCUGGAGAUAUUCACUGCUCUUACCCACAUAGAGAACACUAGAACGAUGACGGUUGAAUUUCUGAUGCGCCCCGUCGUUGUCUCCCUCGUCUGCCAUCGGUGGCGGGCACUGGCUCACUCUGCGCCAGGUCUAUGGUUCCGCGUCCCCCUCUAUUCUCAUUGGGCGACGAGAACCUUCUUGAAUCACUCCAAGAGGGUACCUCUUGAAUUGGUCUGGCCCCUUGGGACGACACCUUGGAGGGAAGCAUUCUCGCUUCUAUGUCCAUAUAUCCCGCGUAUCCGGUCAAUACGGUGGCACGCAGCCAGCAGCGGGUCGAGUACAGUACUCGACAGGCUCCUACUAAUGUUGAGGAGUCCGAAUUCGCGCCAUCGUGUCUUACAGAUGGUGGAGCUAAUCGAGCCGCAUCCGAGGAUAAUACGUCGAUUUGGAAGCUUCGCUGUACUCGAGGAACUACGUCUCGUCGCAACCAUGGUCUAUCCCCGACCCGGCGUCCCGCUUCCUCGACUACGUUUGCUGAAACUCGACCACCGAGAAUCGCUGCUUUCGGAAUUGUAUCGACUCGUCACAUGUGCGCCAAACUUGAAGACACUUGUUCUAGCCAACACUGUGCCCAUGCAGGACGUUAUAUUGCAGUCUGCCUCCGAUGCGGAUGGCAGCCUUCCUCGAGUUCUAGCUCUGCUGGAUAAUGGCGACACACAUGAUGUUCCCAUGGCGGGCUGUUUGGAACACCUCGACUGGAGCUUCGCCCCUCCAGCGUACACAUGGCUCCUUUUCGUUCUCCUGCCCAUGCCGAAUCUUCGUUCCCUCGCAUUGUGUCUGAAUACCGAAUCGACCCUAUGGCCGCAGUACAUGAGCGAUGACCCCUUGUUCCUGGACAUCGCGCAGAACGGCAUUCCGGUGCGCCUAUCCUCGCUGCAGGAACUCGUCGUCCAAUGCAUCGACGAUGGGGCGCUGAAACACGUAUUCCGAAAAAUCCGAUGUCCAGUGCUUGCGAAGCUGCACAUCACGUACUUGCCUCCCCUUCACGCAUCGUGCGAGCUUCCGCAACUGCCCCGCCUCGAGUCCAUGUUCUGCGACCCUCGACUCUACACUCUGACAGACCUCAAACUGUCUCACUUCACGUUGGAUCCCGACGAAGCGAGGAUCAUGUUGCGCUACAUGCCCGCUCUCACUCACCUCACCUUCCUGGAGUGCCCCCAAGUCGCCGCAGUCAUCUGCGCCCUCUCCGGCGGCUCAUGUGACAACGGACACGAAAAUCCCUUUAACGUCUGGAUAUGCCCACGACUCGAAGUGCUGAGGGUGGUGGACUCCCCCGACCUCAAGUUUCAAUGUCUGCGAGGCAUGAUCCAUGCGCGUAGCCAGGCUUUCGGAGCGCCCGCUCCCUGUAUGUCGUCAGCAUCAUCCAACACGGGCCAUACCCUUCCGGGAGCACCGUCUCCACGCGUUGUCAAGCCUUUACGCCGAAAAUUCCGGGAUGCUGCCAUCCGCCGAGCCUGCAAUGUUACGCUCUCGCCGUCCGCAGGUAGAGCUACAGCCGCUGUGUACAACCCGUAUGCUGCCGUGCGACCAUCCCAGCUCCGCACUGUCUGUAUCGAAGGUUGCGGUCGCGUCUCCCAGAUUGAGGCAACGUCUCUGAGGGGCGAAUUUCCAUCGCUGAGGGUCAAAUGGCAGCCGUAGCAAGAAUAUGCAACGUUCACCGC